CGCUGUAUUCAUUUCAUGUCACUUAUGUGAGAGGAAUGAGUUUUGGUUUCUAUCUCAGUCCGUUACGCAGUUUCGGACAGUAAACUAGCGAACAAGGUGUGAUGCCAGCAGGCGGAAUAUUUAAGUGUUCUUAUUUGUGAAAAAAACUGAAUAAACAUUUUAUUUUGUGUUGUGCAAACUAUUUAUUUUGUAAAGAUGGAUGUAAAACUGACCCUCUUGCUCUGGGGAUUUACUACUCUCUCUUUUUUUGCUGUGAUCCCAAUUGAGUGUCAAAAAGCCACCGAUGCCUUCAGGUGUCCACAGCAGUUCGGAUACUUCCAAGAUUCCACCGAUUGCAACAAAUACUUCAUUUGCGUGUUCGGAGAUGCCCUCCACGACAAAUGCACGCCAGGACUUUACUUCAACAGUGAUCUGCGCAUGUGCGACUGGCCCAGAAACGUCAAAAGCUGCGAAAGUAGUGGUAGUGGUUCAGUGAGCAGCGAGGAGUCGUCAGGACGACGCACCUACACUAAACCAACCAGCAAACCAUCCAGAUCUUCGUAUCGCAACAGCGACACCAUACCCAGUCUGAAUUCGAUUGCUCCGGUUCGCCCAACCAAGGACAGCAGAAUCGGGAGUCGGUAUACGCCCCCUAUCUCCCUCAGCGAGUCUUACGCCAUUCUUGUUAGAAACAAUAGCAACUUUCGACCGUCUAUGUUCAGGCCGUCUACUUAUAUGACCAGUAGAACCACUUCCAGCACCAGGCCAUACCUCUACAGCACUGGACCUCCAGCCAGCUUCAAACCUGUUUACUACAGAGUCACAUCUCCCAACCCUCAGUAUUCUUCCACGAGUGGUAAAAGAAAUCAGUAUGAUGAUGAUUACUAUGAUAAUGAAUAUGAAGACGAUGAGAGUAGCCUGGAAGAACCCCACAUCAUGGUCAACCAACAUCUCCGAAACGGUAACAACCUGUAUGUCAGACCAGUCACUGUGUCUACACUCCGUCCUAGCCCAUCUCCUAAACCCUCUUCUUCAUAUACCAUCAAGCCAUACAAUGCUAAUUCAAUGCCAAGCGUCAAACCACCUAGCUCGUCAAAUAGCGCCAAACCAUACAGCUCCUCGUACAAUCACCAACCACCUAGCUCGUCAAAUAACGCCAAACCAUACAGCUCCUCAUACAAUCAUCAACCACCGAGCUCGUCAAAUAGUGCCAAACCCCAUAGCUCCUCGUACAAUCACCAACCACCGAGCUCGUCAAAUAAUGCCAAACCCCAUAGCUCCUCAUACAACCACCAAACACCAAGUCCUACUCGCCUGGUGCUAAAUCCUCCACCCAACACCAGAAACACUAAUAGUGAAGUAAAUUAUAGUUCUAGAGAUCAGCCCAGUGCAGGUGGUUAUCCAAGUCAGCCGAGACCUUUCAGGGAAGAUUCCAGACCAUCGCACACAAGAAAUAUACGACCUGCUGCUCCAACACACGGUAGCAAUGUGAGAACUAGAACUUCAAAUAGCAAUUCUGUGUACAACUCUAAGGAUAGAGACACGCUUAACCCGAGACCUCAGACCGGAAUUCAAUCUUUGGAUGGUGGUGGUGACAGCUUGGAUGCUCAGUUUGGAACGAAUCCCAGAUCCAUCAGUCUCCCAGACAGGUUGAAUUCUUUUAUUGACAGCGACAUGAGAAAAGCCGAGAGAAACUACAAUAAACCCAAAGUGACCUCUACGAGAUAUUCCCCGCCCGUAGAAAGACCAGCCUACAAAACAGAAACUUCUCUGGAAUCAUACGAGGAAUACCCGGAGUAUUAUUAUGACGACGAAGAAUAUGACAACGAAGAAGAUGUGCAAAACAUAAGUCCUGUACCAAAAGUAGUGAUACGACUACAAAAACCUUCUUCCACAACUAGAAGAACAACAACUACUACUACAACAACAACAACACGCAGACCAACACCCAAAACCACCAAACGGGCAGCUACCACAAAACCUCCCAAACGAGGCCUUCCAUUUGGUAUCAGUAGACCAGCAACAAAAGCUCCCAUUAGAACAGGUCCUAAGCCCCUUCCCAGGCUUCCGUUUAGGCCAGAUCCAGUGUACCAGACUCCACGAGCACUGACCGUGGCUGAUAAAUGCAAUUCACGACAUUGCUUUCUGCCCGACUGUCGAUGCGCAUCCAUAGACAUUCCCGCCAAAAUACCAGCAAGGGAAGUUCCACAAAUUGUCCUCAUCACAUUCGAUGAUGCUGUGAACGACCUCAACUAUGAACUGUACGGCGAGAUUUUCAACAACCGAAAGAAUCCAAAUGGAUGUCCAAUUCUUGGCACAUUCUACGUGUCUCACGAAUGGACAGACUACGGAAUGGUGCAGACUCUUUAUUCUAAUGGUCACGAAAUGGCUUCACAUUCCAUCACGCACAGUCACCCAGAGAAGUUUUCGGUAAGUCAUUGGUCAAAGGAGAUCAAUGGUCAGCGAGAAAUCCUCCACCUUUACGGGGGUGUCAAGUUGGAGGAUAUCAGAGGAAUGAGAGCUCCUUUCCUUCAAGUUGGAGGCAACAACAUGUUUGAGAUGCUCUACCUCAACAAUUUCACGUACGAUUCUUCCAUGCCAGUGCACGAAAACAAUCCACCAUUCUACCCUUACACCCUGGACUACAACAUGGGGCACGAGUGCUCUAUACCACCCUGCCCUACAAAGUCUUUCCCGGGACUCUGGGAAGUCGGCAUGGUCAUGUGGAAUGACUAUAGAGGAGGGCGUUGUUCGAUGGGAGAUGCCUGUGCCAAUCCGGAUAACGCAGAAGACGUCUACAAGAUGCUUCUUAAGAACUUCGAACGUCACUACAAUACGAACCGGGCUCCCUUUGGACUGUUUUAUCACGCGGCCUGGUUUACAACACAGCACUACAGAAAGGGUUACUUGAAGUUCAUCGACUACAUCAACUCAAAGGACGACGUCUACAUGGUGACCAACUGGCAAGCCAUCCAGUGGAUGCGAGAUCCGACGCCUUUGUCUAAAAUCCACUCUUUCAAGCCAUUCCAGUGUCCUAAAGAUCCUGACGUACCUGGACCUUGCCAUCAUCCGAAAUCUUGCAACCUGAACUACAAAGGUGGUGGAACCCGUAAUCUAAAGACGUGCCAGCCAUGUCCUUCUACCUUCCCAUGGACCGGAAGAACUGGAUUCGAAGAAGUAUACAUUGUUUGAAGUGCUUCUUUCGUUUGAAAUUGUGAUGAUUCUUUUCUGCAAGCCAUUCGAUAUUUGUUGUUGUUUUUGUCCCACAUCAAACACACAUAAAAAAAUUUUUAUGUAAAUACAUAAAAAAAAGGAGACUAAUCUCUCAGUUAUCGUUUUCAGUAGUUGUAUUAUUGCACUUUCUUACUAUAAACAAUUUUUUUAAUGUCUGCCAUUGUAUGUUAGAUUAAUAGAAAAUACAUCCUGGUUCGUUUCAAGUUAGAGCAAUAAAUUUAUCAUUUAUUUUACCAAGAGAGUAUUAAACUACAAAAUUCCUAGCCCAGGUUUUUUAGCAAAGACUAGGAUAAAAAAAAAAGUUUCUUUAGCGUGGAAAUAUUGCCUUGCUCCAAGUGAAUAUUUUAUUGUAAGUAAAAAGUAAAGUAUCAAAGUAUGUGAUAAAAAAAAAUGUGUGCUUUUAAUAAGGUUAUUUUAAUAUUUUUGUUCAAUUUAGAUUUAGUAUUUGUAUUUUUGAUACCACUUUUUACCAGAUAAGUUCUUUCGUCAAAAAUAAAAAGUGCUUUUAAUAAGGUUAUUUUUGUUCAAUUUAGAUUUAUUUAAAGAAAUAAUUUAAUUUGUAUUUUUGAUACCAUUGUUUACCAGAUUAGCUCUUUUGUAAAAAAAAAAAAAAAAAAAUUGUGCUUUUAAUAUUUUUGUUCAAUUUAGAUUUAUUUAAAAAAAUAAUUUUACUGACAUUUUUGAUACCAUUUUUUACUAGAUUUGAUACAAUUUAAAUGAUUAUGUAACUCACACAAUAUUUUCAUAAGUACCUUGAAAAUAUGCCAUCUCUAUAUAGGAUAGAGAGAAGCAAAAAAACUUUCCUACUUUAAUAAUUACUUUUUUUUUUAAACUGAAGAAAGAAAAAAUUACUUUCAUAAGUAAGAAUCUUUAGUAAAUUAAGAAAAAAAAUACCAUAUUAACAAAGGAUAACUUUGAUCCAAUUUAAAAAUAGAACAGGAAUUAAUUCGUUAUUCAAACAUAAUGUCCAGAUUUCACAAGGUUCUUCACGGUUACGCGAUUUCCUUCUCUUCAUUACGGUGAUUUUGGCAAAUCUUGCUUCUCCCUCCGCCAGUAUAUUCUAAUUUCGUAUUGCAGUAAUGCAUCAACUAAAAGUGUUGGCAGUAGCGUAGUUUUAAUGUAUGUUCGAGGUGGGUUAUCAGUUAUGUCCUUCUAAUAUAUAUAUAAUCUUAAGCAUUAAAAUCUAAAAAAAAAAAUGAAUAUGAAAAUAUUUUUAUAACUACAUCCUACAACAGUUCAUCAAGCAAGUAAUGUUUAAUUAAUUUCGGAGAGGGUUUUGUCCCCCAAAACUACGCCACUAGGCGUUGGUGACAGCAAAAUUUGACUAAAAAAGUGGAAAAAAUCGAGUAACCUUGAGACACUUGACCCUAACCAUAAAGAAUAUCGAAUACAUUUAUUUGAUUUUUUUAAAAAAAAAAGCAAUACAGAUUAUAAACUAUUUACAACACUUUUUGAUAACAAAACUACUUUUUAAGAUAAAUACAUUUAAAAAAUAGUAAAUAGCUUCAAUCUUUUGUGAUAAGUUAUAUUUAACUAAUACAAUACUUUUUAUUUAGGCCAAACUUUGUUGUUAAUUUAUUGCACUAUCUUCUUGAAUGUGUCAUUGUAUGUUUCUGAAUGUAUAUUUUACAUAAACUGCCACAUUGUAACCACAUAAAAUUUUUUUAUCUAACUUAAUUAUCAUAUAUGCUAUGCUUAACUAAAUAUGCAAUUUGGAUGAAAUGCAGGAGAAUUUAAGGAUGGACGUACUAUGUAAGAAGUAAUUUUCGAUUCGUUGAACUUCAUUAAAGGCGGGGAAAAAACUGAAUAUUGACUAAAAUAUUUUUUCAACAAUAGUAUUAAGUGUUGGGAGGUAGUUGGUAGCAACUAUUUUAUAACUAUUAGGGAAAUUUUUUUUUCCUGUUUGGAAAUAUAUUUAGAUAAAAAAAAAAAAAGCAUUAGCAAAGAUAUUAACUAAAAAUGUCAAUUUUUAAGAGGGAAUUUUCAGCAAUUUUACAAAAAAGAAAAAAAAAAUUGAGAAUUGAUAUGUUUGUUUUGGAUAUUGUAGCAGUAAAGCAGAAAUUUUGUUGUAAGAAAUACCAUAUUUUAGCGAUAGUGAAAUCUCUAUUAGGUCAACUUCGCUAAAACUGAAGAUGUGUUCCACUUCUAUGUUUUUUUAUUAAGAAAUGUGUGAAUUAAUAAACGACCUUCGUAUGUCAGACUGUUUUACAAUUAAUAUGAAUUGUUAAUUAGAUAUAUGUAAAAAAAAAUCCUACAAUUCAAAACAAAAAUGGUUUUUUGCAUUCUCAUGUAAAUUUAAAAAAAAAAAAGCAUUGUUGAAAAUGAACUGUCUUUGUUGGCAUACACAGCGCUCAGCUGUUUAUUACAUUUUCUCCAUUUUCGGAGGACUUUUGGUGGUUUCUAAAUAAACUUUUUAUUAUUUGUUUU